AUGUAUGUGAAAUGGUUUGGUACAGUAAUGUUUUACUAUGUGAUUUUAGUGAUUUUUGUGAAUGUCACUUUUUGUCAUUUUCAAAUUUCCCACUGUUCCGUCCCCUGUACGUCCUGACGCUCGCAGGGGACGGAACCCAGAUGACAGAUCCCGGCAUCCGCCGGAUUACAUUGCCGGGGACACUGCAGGAGGGACAUCGCGGGAGCGCAGGACAAGGUAAGUGACCGAGGGAUCGCGGAGCAGCGCCGCAUGGUAAGCCUGAGUGUAGCUUGGGGUUACCACUUGUGCUACACUCGGGAAUACCGCCAGGGAGGCUAC